AUGAAGAUGCACUACACCCUCAAGUUCAACCCCAGAGUCAUCCAAGAUUUAGAAGAUGAGGAUGACUUGGAUAAGGUGGUUUCCCACAGUGAUGACUUUGCAAAUGUAUACCUAGUAGACUUACCUUGUGUGGAAGGCAUUGAAGCAAAUAUACCAAAUAGAGAAUUGGCAAUUGGAGGUCCACCUGUGCCGUUUCCUUCCUCUAACGCAUCAUGCGAUGCAAUUCCUAAUACUAUGAUGCUAUCAAGAGGUUUUGUGUCGCGUUGUGCAGAUAGUGAGUACACCCCUUUGGAAUCGAUUCGUUUUCGUGAGGCAAUAUUAGGGUCGGGACAUACAUUUAAAAAUGCAGAGGAGUUUCGCAAUGCAAUUUACCAGAUGUCAUUAGGUGGAAGGCUAAGGGAAAUCAACCCCGGCACAAUUGCGGAGUACACUUCGGACGAAGGUCACUUCAUGCAAUUGUUCAUUGCCCAUGCAUUUUCAAUUCAAGGGUUCAUCAAGGGGUGUCGACCAAUAUUGGCUAUUGAUUCUUGCCAUCUAAGCGGACCAUACAAGGGAGCUCUUUUGUCGGCCAUUGCAUAUGAUGCAGAUGAUGGAAUGUUCCCUCUUGCCCUUGGUGUGGUCAGUUCAGAAAAUUAUGAGGAUUGGUAUUGGUUUUUGGAGAAAUUAAAGGGUGUCUUAGAUGGUAAAGAAGUUGUUAUUAUAUCUGAUAGACAUCAAGGAAUCUUGCGUAGUGUUUCCGAGUUGUUCGGGAUAGGAAAUCAUGCAUAUUGUUAUCGACAUGUUAAGGAAAACUUUUCUAGCUUCUUGAAUAAGCAAAACAUUAGAGGAAAGAAAGGGAAAGAAGAUGCUUUGUUACUUCUAGACAGCAUUGCAUACGCUAGGUUGGAGAUAGACUACAAUGAGGCAUUUGAAAAACUUGUGCGCUUCAAUGACAACCUCGGUAAAUGGGUUGUGGAUAACAAUCCGGAACAUUGGGCAAUGUCAAAGUUUCCAAAAAAACGAUGGGAUAAAAUGACAAGUAACAUUGCAGAGUCCUUCAAUGCGUGGCUAAGAGAUGAGCGUCACCAAACAAUUUAUACAUUAUUGUUAAUGCACAUGGAUAAGCUUGUAGCCAUGUUGGACACCCAUAUGCGUGGUACAGAAAAAUGGAAGAGUGUGGUUGGACCGAAAACUGAAGAGAAUCUAAUGUCAAAUAUCAUGAGGUCCGAUCCGAUUAGUGUGUUGCCAUAUUUGGGGGGGACGUUUAAGGUGUUUACCGGGGAGGUUUAUUUGGUUGUGGAUAUCAAUCAACGUACGUGUACUUGCAUGACAUGGCAAAUGUCCGGCUUGCCGUGCUCCCAUGUAUGUGCUGUCAUCCGCACACUCAGACACGACGUGUAUGACUAUAUUGACCCAUGUUUUCAUGUCUCCGCCCAACAUUUGAUUUACUCUGGUCAGUUUCAACCAUUACCAACACACAAUAUGCCGAAAGUUUGUGAGGAUGGGAGUUUGCAAGAUUGCGCCGGCAACUUCUUUUCUACUCUCCAACCCCCUCAUGUCAAACGUCCUCCAGGAAGACCCCGACAAAGGCGCAUUGAGUCACAGUUUACUCAUAAGAGAGCAAUUCAUUGCUCUCGAUGCAAUGGCAUAGGUCACAACCGCUUUAAAUGUAAUAAUCCGUUGCCGUGA